UGUAAAGGGCUCUGCUGUCUGUAACCACACCCAAGAAACCUUACUGUAUACUUUGUCAGUGCAGUGUUUAGAGGAAAGGAAUAUGAUGCAAUAUUUCAAAACAAUUUUAAAUAUGAACUUGACUCUCACAGUGUUGAUCCUGAUAGUUAGUACUCUGUGUAGUUUAGCUUUCUACUCAAAAUGGAUGAAUAAAUGGGAAGGUAUCAUACAACAUCCUAAGAGUGAAUAUGAUUACAUAAUAGUGGGUGCAGGAACAGCGGGUUGUGUGCUAGCUUCACGUCUGAGCUCUGAGUCACAUGCUUCAGUCCUACUCAUAGAGGCAGGUGGUGUACCAAACUGGCUUUCAUCUGUACCACUUGCAGCUCCUUUACUUCAGGGAUCCCAGUCUGAAAGCGACUGGGCCUAUCGUACUCUACCACAGAAACAUUCAUCCUGGGGUCUCAAAGACCAGGUUUCAGCAUGGCCGCGUGGUCGUGGUCUAGGUGGAAGUGGCCAAAUAAAUUAUAUGGUGCACUCUCUUGGACAUCCAAAUGAUUUCAAGCAUUGGGAAGAAAAUGGAGCAAAAGGCUGGGGCCUGAGCAGCAUGCAGGCAUACCUGGAAAAGCUGGAAGGCAGUUGUAUGCCUACAACAUGUGGAAUUAAAAAUGGCAUUUGCCACAAGACAACUGAAAAGAUGCAAAGCCAGACGAUUCCACUAAAUACUGUUGAUCCAGAAGAAAUGAAAUUAGCUGAUGCUUUUCUGAAUGCUGGCAAAGAAUUGGAAUUACCUAGUGGGGAAAUAAACUUUAAUCUAAUACAAAGCACAAUACACAAAGGAGAACGAUGGAGCAGUCUUCAUGGUUAUUUGUUACCAGCCUUGGGGCAGACAAAUUUAGAAGUGCUUCUGAAUACAGCAGUUAGUAAGGUGACUGUCACAAGAGAAGCAGUUACUGGUGUGGAGCUUGACUCUGGUGUGAGAAUUACUGCUCGUCAGGAAGUAGUUUUGAGUGCGGGUUCCAUCAACACACCACAGAUAUUGCUCAGAUCAGGCAUUGGCCCUAGACAACACCUAGAUUCUUUGGGGAUACCUGUAGUGUCAGAUCUCCCAGUUGGCAUGAAUCUACAUGAUCAUAUGAAUAUGCCUCUGUAUGUGAGCAUUGAUGCUCCAUACAGUGUAACUAUUGAUAAAAUCAAAAGUGUGCAACAAAUAUGGGACUAUUUCUUCCAUGGAAAAGGUUUAUUUGCAACAACAGCUGUACUGGCAAGUGCCACCUUAGUACCAGAUGCUGGAUUAAUAUUGUUUGGUUUGGGGUCUGCUGAUGAAAAGAUCCUUAAGGAUAUUGCUAAUUAUAAAUCUGAUACAUUUCAGGGGUUAUUCCCUCUGAGUCACAACUCAAGCCAGGAAGGAUUUGUGCUGCUGGCUACAUGUCUCACACCUCAGAGUAGAGGCAGACUCUGGCUGAAUGUCUCACACCUAGAGGGUCCACCAAUAAUUGAACCAAAUUAUCUCUCUCACUCUCAUGACAUUCCAUGCAUGAUUAAAGCUAUUAACUUGGCAGAAAAAUUAGUGAGGACAAAGGCUUUUCAGAAACUGGGAGCACAACUACACUUGCCAGUUUUAUCUGAGUGUAGUAAUCUUAUACCAGAUGUUCGGGAUCUCCUUUACCUGGAAUGUAUCAUACGCACAGCAGCUGUAACGGCAUAUCACCCUGGAGGCACAUGCAAAAUGGGUAGCCUUCAAGAUAAUUCUACAGUUGUUGAUAAUCUCCUCAGGGUGCAUGGUGUUCAAGGUCUUCGAGUAAUGGAUGCAAGUAUACUACCAACUCCUCUUUCUGGCCAUCCAAAUUCAGUCCUCAUAGCAAUGGCAGACAGAGCAUCAAGUUUCAUAUUGAAUACACCAUGAUGUUUUUAGGCAGCCUUCUUAGCAGUCUGAUACCAGAGUACUGGGGUCCUUUUUCAAGCAUUGCCAGUCAGUGGGAUAUGCUCCGUACUUCAUUCUUCCUACUUGUAUUGUGGGUGUGUACACUAGCAUUUGUAAUCCAGGCCUCACUAACUUUUGUGAAGAACAUUAUUGUUUCUUAUAUAUACAAUGAUGAAAAAGUUAAGAUACCUAACUUCCUGAAACAGUUUCUGCAUGUUUCAGAGGUCUUUCUUCUUAAAAUGGUCCUAAUUGCUUUUUG